AUGUUCUUCGUUCGAAAAUUAAAUCUAUUUGCAAAUUUCGAUGCUCUUCCUAGAAGAUUUUUACCAUGGCCUACAAAUCUCUUUGCAAUUGAAUUAGACUUAUUUCCCUCAUUAUUGGAAUGCAACAUCCUUUUCCAGAAAGGACGUGCUGCUGUACUGCAGGAUCAGGACGCUCUAUUAGCAAUCGCCCGAACUAUUGAUAUCAACGAGUGCAAGUGCAAGAUAGUCGCAGUAGAAAUAUUAUCUGGGCUUUGUUUUGUCCCAGAUGAUGGGCAUCGUCGAGUUUUAACCGCUCUCACACAGCUUUCACCAAUUCUCGGCGAACGAACUCGUUUCCAAACGCUUGUUAGCGAUUUACAUAAAAGGUAA